GCCUCCACAUCAUGUGCCACAUGCCAGUCUUCUGUUGGAUAUCAGCCACUGUCCUUGAGAUGAUACUGAAAGAGGCAUGGAAGGAUGAAGUCCCCAAAACUCUGACCCAGAUGUACUCACACUUCAUACUCAUCCAAAUCAUUGUGAAGAACAGGAAGUACAACAAAGCCACAGAGACAAACCCAAAGGAACUGUCUCAGUCAGACAAAGAGAUGAUCCUGAAACUGGCAAAGCUGGCUUUCCAACAGCUGCAGAAGGGCAACCUGAUCUUCUAUGAGGAGGACCUGAGAGAGUGUGGCCUUGAUGUCACAGAGGCAUCAGAGUACUCAGCGUUGUGUACAGAGAUCUUUAAAGAAGAAUCUGGGCUGUACCAAGACAAGGUCUACAGCUUUGUGCAUCUGAGCAUUCAGGAGUUUCUAGCAGCAGUGCAUGCUUUAGAAUCAUGUCUGGACAAGAAGGAAAAUGUUUUCUCCCCCACUAGUGAUGAUGAAGAAGAUGAGGAGGAGAAGGAUGAUGAAGAGGAGUCAAUCCAGUUGUCUGACUUACACAGGAGAGCAGUGGACCAGGCCUUGAAGAGUGAGAAUGGACACCUGGACCUGUUCCUCCGCUUCCUUCUGGGUCUCUCACUGGAGUCCAAUCAGAAUCUGUUACGAGGCCUUCUGACACAGACAGGAAGUACAACACAGACCAAUGAGGAAACAGUUGAGAGAACAGUCAGGUACCUUUCAGACAAGAUCGUGGAGGAAUCCUCACCAGAAAGGAUCAUCAACCUGUUCCACUGUCUGAAUGAGCUUGGUUCCAACUCUCUAGUUGAAGACAUGCAGACCUCCCUGCGAUCAGGAACUCUUUCAGAAACAGAGCUAGAACCUGACCAAUGUUCAGCCCUGGCCUACCUGUUACUGAUGUCAGAGGAGGUGCUGGAGGAGUUUGACCUGAAGACAUACAACACAUCAGAGGAAGGUUAUCAGAGGUUGCUGCCAGUCGUGAAAACCUGCAAGAGAGCACUACUGGAUGGCUGUGAACUCACAUAUAAAUCCUGUGAGACUCUGGCCUCAGCUCUGCAGACACCAAACUCCCCCCUGAGAGACCUGGACCUCAGCUACAAUGACCUGGGAGACAGAGGAGUGGAGCUGCUCUGUGUUGGACUAACCAGUCCACUCUGCAACAUACAGACACUAGAACUUCAUGGCUGUAAACUCACAUAUAAAUCAUGUGAGACUCUGGCCUCAGCUCUGCAGACACCAAACUCCCCCCUGAGAGACCUGGACCUCAGCUACAAUGACCUGGGAGACAGAGGAGUGGAGCUGCUCUGUGUUGGACUAACCAGUCCACUCUACAACAUACAGACACUAGUUCUGGGUCAGUGUGGUCUGACAGAGGGUUGCUGUUCAGAUCUGGCCUCAGUCCUGAGUUCACCCAACUCACAACUGAAACAUCUGGAGCUGAGAGACAAUGACCUGCAGGACUCAGGAGUUACACUGCUAUGCCUGUCAUCUCACCCUGGACCCAAAUACAGCAAACCCAAACCUGGUACUGUCUGA